AUGAAGCGGGGACAGGUUGAUCAGCAGUGGGCGGAGCCUGCUCUGAAGCCAGGUACCUCCUACCAGCUAACACAGCCAUACAUAGGUACCUCCUACCAGCUAACACAGCCAUACAUAGGUACCUCCUACCAGCUAACACAGCCAUACAUAGGUACCCCCUACCAGCUAACACAGCCAUACAUAGGUACCUCUACCUCCUACCAGCUAACACAGCCAUACAUAGGUACCUCUACCUCCUACCAGCUAACACAGCCAUACAUAGGUACCUCUACCUCCUACCAGCUAACACAGCCAUACAUAGGUACCUCUACCUCCUACCAGCUAACACAGCCAUACAUAGGUACCUCCUACCAGCUAACACAGCCAUACAUAGGUACCUCCUACCAGCUAACACAGCCAUACAUAGCUACCUCCUACCAGCAAACACAGCCAUACAUAGCUACCUCCUACCAGCUAACACAGCCAUACAUAGGUACCUCCUACCAGCUAACACAGCCAUACAUAGGUACCUCCUACCAGCUAACACAGCCAUACAUAGGUACCUCCUACCAGCUAACACAGCCAUACAUAGCUACCUCCUACCAGCUAACACAGCCAUACAUAGCUACCUCCUACCAGCUAACACAGCCAUACAUAGGUGGUGCUGACUCAGCCUACGUCCAGCGUCUGUCCACCUCUAACAUCAGUAUGGACAUGGACACUUUCAUCAGCCUGGACCCUACUGUUAUACAGACUCUGGGUGUGAGCCAGGUCAAAGGUCUGCUGGGUUCUAACCUGCCAGAGCUGAAGAGCUAUGAGAACCAGAGCGCGGUCCGGACCUGGAUCAGCACCCGUUUCCAGGCCGACCUGGACUAUCUGGGGCUGGGUGCAGAGGAGCAAGGGCUGACUAACCCACCACACGGCUGGCCGAGGCGGCGGGCGUCGCUCUGGUCAACGUUCGGCCUCCACCUUCUCCUCACCACUCUGGCCGUGGCUGUCACCAUGCAUUCUACACUGAUGAUUUAA